CUGCGUCCGGGGAACGCGAUCCGUUUCGCGCCCAAGCUCAUCCACCUCUGGACCGGACUUUUUUCCGAGUAUACAGAAGAUAGGGAAAAUGGUAACUGUGGCCCUAACAGCUAGAUGGCAGUGCUGCAGUCCUUCCUUCUCCUCAGGCUUCAAAGAAGGGACACAGAUGAACAGAAUGUGCUUGUCUUUGCGGAAGUCACUGAAGCUUCAGGAUGUGGCCCUGACACUUGCAGAGGCCGAGUGGACUCGGCUGGUCCCUCCUCAAAGGGCCUUAUACAGAGAAGUGAUGCUGGAGACCUAUAAGGGUUGUGUGUCUUUGGGACUUCUAGUUCCUAACAUGGAUGUGAUUUUCCAGUUGGAAAGUGGUGAAGACCCCUGGACACUUGAUUUUCAGGGAACUGACGAGAAAGAAGAAUCAGCAUGCACUACUGCAGGUCAGAAGGCUAGAACUGAGAGCCAGGACUCAACUCAAAGGCAGAAUGUAUCUAAAAAUUCCAGUCACCAAACACUUCAAUGGAAACAAUCAGAAAAAAUGGUACCCGUGGUUGUGUAUUUGGACUUGAUAAACCUGAGGGCAGAUUGGAGAUAAAGAAAGAAAAUCCUCCCAAGGAGUCUUUGAUGGAGAACUUCUCUCCCAAGGAGAAGAGUACAGGGCCUCCCGAGAGGGCCGACCGAAUAGGGAGAAACUUUGACUGCAUCCUAUGUGGGAAGACCUUUUAUGAUCACUUAUCCCUCAACCACCAUCAGCAGACUGAUACUGGAGAGAAGCCCCAUGACUGUAAAGGUGGGGAAGCCAUCAGCUUCAGGAGCAACCUUAAUAAACAUCCGAUCUCUCACACUAAAGAGAGCCCUUCUGAGUGUACAACAUAUCAGAAAGCCGUCUAUGCCCAAUUGACCCUUACUGAACAUCAGCGGACUCACGACGAAAAGAAACCUUUUAGGUGUAAUGAAUGUGGUAAAACCUCCUCCAUCCGCUUCUCUUUAGCUCGACAUCAGAGAAUUCAUACUGGAGAAAGACCUUUUCAAUGUACAGAAUGUGGGAAAUCCUUUCGAGAGAAAGCAGUUCUUGGUCGCCAUAAGCUUACUCACAUUGGAGAGCGGCCCUAUAAAUGCAAAGAGUGUGGAAAGGCUCUGUCUAACCGCUCCUCCCUCAUUCGCCACUGGCGAGCACACACUGGAGAGAGCUCUUUUGAAUGCGACGAGUGUGGGAAAGUUUUCUUUGAUCGUUCAUCCCUCACGCAGCAUCAGAAAAUUCACAGGGAAAAGCCUUGUAAGUGCACUGAAUGUGAAAAAGGCUUUAUCCAGAAAAGGCUGCUUAUUCUACACCAGAGAGUUCACACUGGAGAAAAGCCCUAUAAAUGCAGUCUGUGUGGAAAAGCUUUCAGUUGCAAGCCAUCUAUCGUCCUACAUCAGUGCCGCCAUGCCAGUCAGGCUGCGGACUAGCAUUGCUCAGCCAAAUAAGGGACACCUUGUAUCAUCUGUACAGAUGUGUGCAAGGCCGGGACGAUUUAUUGUGCACUCUGUCUUGUUCUCUAGUUGCUGCUAUGACAGAAAUACCACCAGUAGACGU